CUGUUCUAUUUAAUUUUUUGAAGGUUGAAAAAGAGUGUGGUCGAGGUAUGCGUGCGAGUGUUUGCCUCUCGUAUGGAAUCGAAUGCACGCGCUAGUCAUGGACUCAGGGUGCAGUCAUCUUGAGAGUCUGGCGUAAAUAUCUCUCGAUUCGAAGCAAUUCAUGGAAGCGAACGCCAUGGAAUUCCCGAGCCGAGCCAACGUGGAUGUCCGACUCAUGCAGCGAAGUUCCACGGUCAGCACGCUGUCCUCGGGCAGCGCGAAGAUCGGGAGCUGGUUUUCCGCGCUCAGCGACCGCAGGCGGAAUAAGAAGUCGAUGAAGGCGUCAAAAAGCAUCACUCUGGCUGUCAAGUUGAGCGGGAAAAACUCGAAGUGUCAGUUCCGACUGUCGGCUUUUCUUUGCUUACCCGUGUAA